UUGGCUGAAGGGGCCAGGCAGCCUCAGAUUGCAGGGUUUCCGCGUCGCUAGCAGUGCGCCGCACCUGCACGGGCUACAUGGCCCGCGAUGGGAUCUCCUUGAUGGGCGCGAGCUUGACGGCGGCCGCUGCAGGCGUCACGAUCGGGUUUGUGCUUGGGCGCUACUCGACGGUGAUAUCCAAGAAGAGCCUUGCGGAUCUCAUCAAAAGGAAAGCCGUGCACGCUUCGUCGACUACCAGAACUGGUUCGUUCACGUCCCACCCAGAGAGUCUCCCCAUUACCGAGUUCGAGCAUGCUUCUUUUGAGGUGUUGGACGUCGAGACCUCACGGGCUUUCUAUGAAGAGUUACUCGGUUUCAAGAGAAUCGUUCGCCCAGAUUUUGAGGUAGACGGCUAUUGGUUGCAAGGCCCUAGCGGAGUGAAGAUGCAUAUCGCCGAGGUGCCAAACGCAAGUCGGAGAAAGUAUAAGGAGGCUGACAGUCUGCAGAAAGAGUGGCACGGAUGGGAGGGCUUGCCUACUGGUGACCAUCUGGCGUUAUUGAGUGAUGAUUUAAAACUAUGCGAAAUAAGAUUGAAAGCUGCAGGCAUACCCUACAAAAGAGUCGGACCAGGACCACAGGAUGCACUACAGCUUUUCCUAUUCGACCCAGACGGCAAUGCAAUCGAGAUUGGUGAUUGCGCUCCUCCUGUUGACGGGAAGAAAUGCAAACUCAGAGGCUGAGGAGUCGCGAGUGCAAUAGGUAGUUGAAGGCUGACAACCAACGAACUCACAGUCUCAUGUCUGUCGAGUUUAAGGUUGCAUGUAAGCAGUAGAUUGUAUUUAGUGCCUGGGGCCACGCCUUUCGUAUACAGGUCGGGCGGAUGCGCCCCCCAAAUUCUCAGGGAUGCAGUGCUGAGAUGCCAUAUCGGUGUGUUCGACCCGCUUUGCACACUGCAGUCUCGGCUGCCAACUACAGUUCCGUAUUGUCAUGUGAUCUAUUGUGGUGUCUCGUUUUUCGCUGCACAGCCAUGGUAUGGCAUUUUGGCUGCGGCCGUUCGCUGCAACGAUUUUCCUGCCAGCCAUUCAAGCCCAAUGCUGUUGCAAUUCUACAUACAGUUGGACUUUGUCCAGUGGGGGCGACAGUAAACAAUAUCAA